UUUUGGGACAAUUUGUUUCAUUUAACCACUUGUAUUAUAGGGUUAUAUUCAGUGACUCAAAACAAAAAAAACUUUAUAUUUUUGUGGCACCCCUUGAUUGACUAUAAAGCAAGUGACAACAAUCUUCAUUAAUUAGAUAAAACAUUGCACUCAAUAAUUUACCAAAGUCAUACAACUUAAGGAUUAGGGUAAUUAAGAUAACAUAAUUAAGCUUAAGAAACAUCAUUAGUUAGCCAUCAUUUUAAAAUUAAUUUAUUUAACAAAAGUCAGAGAAUUUCAUUUCAAAAUGACCUUUCCUUGUUUUCAUGAUCACCCUAGAAACCCAAAAAAUAAAAAAAUAAAAAAAAAAAAAAAUAUUGUCAACCACAUCCUUCUCAAAUGGUAUAAAGUCGGUAAUAUAAAUAUGUGGUCAGAUGUAGCGGUCCAUUUUUCAUUAUUUUCAUUUUUAUCAUCAACCCCUUCAAAAACCUAAGCAAAGUUAUUUCCCUUUUAAAAGAGGAAAAAACCUGAGCUUAUAUCACUUGUAACACAAGCUUAUAUUAUUACUAAGAACAAAAUAGAGAAAAUAAAUACAAACUAUUUUUUGUCAUAAAUAUUAUGGCUGAAGAAUAUUGUGGAGGAGCAAAUUGGUGGGAUUCAACUACAUCAACUAAUAGAAGUAGAUUCGACGGUGGUAGUGGUGGCGGUGGCCGCUCCUCUUCUACUUCCUCUACUACGACGCUUGCUAAUAGCGGUGGUGGAGCUGGUUACGGGUGGUUAACCGAUGGACCGACGGCGGUGGACACUAAGUUGGAUGCUUCUUCGCUUCAGCUCGUGGGGCUUGGUUUGUCCUCUCAAGCCAUGGCAGAGUGGAACCAACAACAAACAGCUAUACUGAAUCCGGAGAAAGCCGAGAAUAGCUUUAGGUCCAUGCUACAAGAGGGCAUGGGCCUAACCGCGAACUUCCAGCAAGACGCGAGUGGUGGUGGAGGAGGAGGAGGAGGAGGAGGAGGCGGAGUCAUGUUCGGUGGUAGUAAUUCACCACAGUUACAUCAAUGGAGACCAGACAAACUAUUUCCGAGUAGUGAAGAUUCGAGCACGGAUUUUAAACAAAUAGGGCGCGGAUUUUCCUUAGAUAACCAACCACAGUUUUCACCUAAUGGUAGCUCAAUUGAAAGCACGGUUACUUGCCAAGGGCUAACCGCGCCUUCUACCUUUCAACUCGAUACUUCUUCUACUAGCUCCGUCUUUGGUAGCCCCUCGAGUAUCUUGCAAGGUCUUAUGGGGACUGAGCAACAUAAUCAACAGCAACAUACACAACAACAACAAUUAAAUACGACGAAUUAUCAACCUAAUUAUUUUGGUAUGGGUAGUGUUACGAGUAAUGAUCAUCAUCAACAACAGUCGCAAUUGCCUUCUUCUUGGGCGAAAGUGCCUCAGUUCCUUAGAGCUUCUUCUCCUAAGCAGCAACAGCCGCAACAACAACAACAGCAACAGCAACAACAACAACUUCAUUUCAUCAACAACGCACCGUAUUGGAGUGCUUCAGCUCCGUUAACUGAUGUUAGGCCGAAUUUCUUUUCAUCGUUGCAAGGUGCUCAAUUGCCUAACAUGCCAACAUUUGAAGAGAAACCAAAGACUACAAUGGAGGUGAGAGAUACGAGCUCAAUGACGAAAAAGAGUGGUUCCGAGAAUAAUAAUAAACGAGCUAGGAACGAUGGUGCUUCAUCAACUUUGCCACCAUUUAAGGUGAGGAAAGAGAAGAUGGGGGACAGAAUCACUGCUCUUCAACAAUUAGUUUCGCCUUUCGGAAAGACUGAUACUGCGUCAGUCCUCUCUGAAGCCAUUGAGUAUAUCAAGUUUCUCCAUGAACAAGUCAGUGUUUUAAGCAACCCAUACUUGAAAAGUGGAGGCUCCUACCAACAACAUCAACCGGGUAACGAAAAGGCGAAGAUUGAUCCGGAUGGUCCGAAACAAGAUCUAAGGAGUCGAGGGUUAUGUUUAGUACCCGUUUCUAGCACAUUUCCUGUAACACAUGAGACCACAGUAGAUUUUUGGACGCCUACAUUUGGAGGAACUUUUAGAUGAAAGAUAAAGGGAUCAUUCAUAAGAACUUAUUCUUGAUACGACAGUGAAAAAAAAAGGGAGAAAUAUACAAAUCAUAGACGGAAUCUCCCUAUGCAAGUUGAAUUUGAGAGAGAUUGGUCGAUUGAUGAGAUAAAUCGAGGAAAUGAAAGGAAGAAAAAGAAGGUGGAUUUGAUGACGUUAUAAGAAUGCAGCCAUAUGAAUUUGAUUGUGUAGUAUAGUACUAGCAAGGACAUUGGAGCAUGGAAAAUUGGAGGGAAAAAAUGUGAAUAUGGAAAAAAAAAAAAAAAAAAAAAAAAAAGGGAAAGGAAGAUGGCUUUCAAUCCAAAGGAUAGAAAAAAGGGAGAAUGCAUGGACCAUUUGGAUAGCCAAGAAAAAAAAAAUCAUGGUUAUCUUUGGGGACCAAGGUGCAAGCUAAAAGAGCUAGGACCAUGAGAAAAUACUCAUCAUCUUUGUAAUAAUUGCAUGAUUAUGAUUAGUUUUAAUUGUUAAUUAUAGGUAGUGUUGAGGUUGGUAAGAGUUUCACCAACAAAGAAUGUUAGAAAAGCAUAGGAAUUGAAGUUUAUAGUAUAGGAUCGACCUAAUUCAUCUGUUAGCUUUGGAUGAAGAUAUUAGCACUCCAUAGACAGGUCGGAAUUCACUCAUGCGACAAGAAGAUUAGCAACCGAGGGGAUAAACUUAUAAGUCUUGGAGUGCUAAAAUCCUCAUGCGAUUUGUUUAAAUUAAUUAAAAGGUAAAACAUACUACUUUCUUUUAAUUUGUAUUGGAGGAUUUGAAUAUUUUUCAAAUACAUGCUGAUCAGACGUCAUUAAUCUC